UCGCGAUAUGAUGGCACCGGUUACAUCAGCGCACGCGAGUCAUGCAGGUUAGGCUCCUUUGAGACAGGAAGGUGCGUUCGAGCCUGGAACAACAUUGGCCCGCCUUAAGCCUUACCGUACUCCUCGAACAUCAGCCAGCAGCGACAGCACAACAGCGGACGAAGCGCUCGUACGAAUGCGAUUUCCUACCGGCCAGCGACUCCGUUUACCAUUCUCUUGAACAGCCAUCUCAUUAAUUUCCUAAGCGCUUCUUGGGUGGGGUCCCAGAGGCCACUGCAAUGGCAACUCUGAAGCAAUUCAUUCGGAAUGUGCGAGCCGCAAAGACGAUAGCCGAUGAGCGAGCGGUUGUACAGAAGGAGAGUGCGGCGAUCCGCUCGAGCUUCAGGCACGAGAGCCACGACUCGAACGUGAGGAGAAACAAUGUCGCCAAACUCCUCUAUCUCUUCACCCUGGGUGAGAGGACACAUUUUGGGCAGAUCGAAUGCCUAAAGCUCCUGGCAUCCCCGCGUUUUGCGGACAAGCGACUGGGCUACCUGGGGACAAUGUUGCUGCUGGACGAGAAUCAAGAAGUCUUAACGCUGGUCACAAACUCGCUCAAAAAUGAUUUGAACCAUGCGAACCAGUACAUUGUUGGCCUGGCCCUCUGCACUCUCGGAAAUAUCGCCUCCGUCGAAAUGGCUCGAGAUCUGUUCCCUGAAGUCGAAACCAUAAUAUCGAGCGCGAACCCAUACAUACGUCGCAAAGCCGCACUCUGCGCCAUGAGGAUAUGUCGAAAAGUGCCUGACCUGCAGGAGCAUUUCUUGGAGAAGUCUAAAUUGCUGUUGCAAGAUCGGAAUCAUGGCGUGCUUUUGUGCGGCAUCACAUUGGUUACAGGUCUCUGUGAGGCGGACGAACUGGAAGACGACGAGAACGGCAUCAAGGCUACUUUCAAGCCGCUGGUUCCAAGCCUGGUCAAGAUACUGAAGGGGCUUUCGUCAUCUGGAUAUGCGCCUGAACACGAUGUAACCGGCAUUACGGAUCCGUUUUUGCAGUGCAAGAUCUUGCAGUUGCUCCGCGUCCUUGGACGCGGUGACGUCCAGGUCAGCGAGCAGAUCAAUGACAUUUUGGCGCAGGUCGCUACUAACACAGACUCCACGAAAAACGUAGGCAACUCGAUUCUCUACGAGUCCGUACUUACGAUCCUCGAUAUCGAGGCUGACUCUGGUCUCCGUGUACUUGGUGUCAACAUCCUUGGAAAGUUCUUGUCGAACAGGGACAACAACAUCAGAUACGUCGCGCUUAACACCUUAAACAAGGUCGUGGCGGUGGAACCCAACGCCGUUCAACGGCAUCGCAAUACCAUCUUGGACUGUCUGCGAGAUCCUGACAUCAGUAUCCGAAGGAGAGCGCUCGACCUCAGUUUUACAUUGAUCAACGAAAGCAACGUGCGAGUUUUGAUCCGAGAGCUGCUUGCUUUCCUGGAGGUCGCCGAUAACGAAUUCAAGCCUGUCAUGACGUCGCAGAUCGGUAUUGCAGCUGACCGAUUUGCCCCAAAUAAGAGAUGGCACGUUGAUACAAUGUUGCGUGUCCUGAAGCUUGCUGGUGCAUACGUCAAGGAGCAGAUAUUAUCAUCGUUCGUUCGAUUGAUCGCUACGACUCCUGACCUGCAAACCUACUCUGUACAGAAACUCUACGCCGCUUUGAAAGAUGAUAUUACUCAGGAAGGCCUAACGCUUGCCGGCUCUUGGGUGAUUGGAGAGUACGGGGACGCUUUACUGAAAGGCGGCCAGUACGAAGAAGAGGAACUCGUCAAGGAAGUGAAGGAAAGCGAUAUUGUGGAUCUCCUCGAAACCAUCCUCGGCAGCAGCUAUGCGGGUCUCAUCGUUCAACAAUACAUCAUCACGGCUUCCAUAAAAUUGACAACCCGGCUAAGCGAUCCUGCCCAAGUCGAGCGUCUGCGACGGUUAUUGCAAAGGUAUGGUACGAAUCUCGAUGUUGAGACCCAGCAGCGUGCGGUUGAGUACGGAAACCUCUUUGGGCACGACCAAAUCCGGAGGGGUGUCCUUGAGAAAAUGCCACCGCCUGAGAUCCGCGCGGACCAGCAAGUGCUUGGCGAAGUGACCAAGAAGCGACAAUCCAGAAUCAUCGACAAGAAGAAACCUGCACAGGCGGCGACGGAGGAUCUACUACUCGACUUGAUGGGCGACUCGGGUGUUCCUACAGACACCAAUGGUACAGCAAACGGUACUGGGAGUCAAGAUCUUUUGGCUGAUAUGCUUGGUGGUGGAGGGCCCUCAUCACCAUCACAAUCCCCACCUCCUCCACAAUCCAAUGUUGCGAACAUCAUGGAUCUUUUCAACGCCGGCCCUGCCAGCUCGCCAGCUCCCGCGCAGUCUCGACCACCACCACAAGCAGCGUCCAUGGACCUCCUCGGUGGAUUGUCGUCACCACCACCUCAGACCUCGACUCCAUCCGCUUCUUCUGGUCCGCCUGCGCACCCAGUGUACAACAAGAACGAUCUCCAGAUAGUCUUCCAGUUGAAGCGUGACGCAAACGCUGUGCAACUCCUUGCUCGAUUCCGGAAUACGGGGAGUUUCAGUCAAUUGUCCGCCGUCAAUCUACAAGCCGCGGUUCCCAAGAGUCAAAAGCUGCAGUUACAGCCUAUCAGCUCCGGUGAAUUAGAUGCAGCACAAGAGGCUACACAACAGAUGAGGGUCACGGCAGUCAAUGGGCCUCCUCCACCCAGACUAAAGCUCAGGCUCAAGAUCACAUACUCAGCAGGCGGGACUCCAGUAACGGAGCAAGUCGACUGGGCCGAACCAGCGUGAACGUAAGUAACGUCUUUGAGACAUAAGGAUGACAUGAUAGAAUAGAGAAUAUACGUCUCAUGUCGGGCUUGCAAGCGAAACAAACUCCAACGGGCAAAUCAAUCUUGACAGUGCUAAAUACUCCACUAAUCCAGCAGGUGGGACUGACGCCGCGGAAGUGAAUGCACGGACGCCUCCACAACGGUUCGCCCCGCACUUGUGCAUGUGUCCAGGCACAACCUUUAACUUCUAUUCUCAAUCUGCACAACGACACCUUGUUUUCUGAUUCAAGUCGUUGUAGAUCUGCUAUCGUGAGCUUGACGAUAUUUUAUCGUUUCGAUCGACGAACAUGUCGCCGAGCCAUGUGCACCUCACGCAUGUGAACAACCCCAGAGGAUGCAGCGAAAUUUAAUCUUGACAGUUCGAU